AUGUUGAGCUUUUUAUACGUUUGUUGUUUGUUGUUGAAAGUAGCAAUCAAUGACAUCGAAUACGACGGCAAUUCUCUUGAUGAUAUACUCGAUAAAAACAAAAUCCAGAAAGAUUCAGUGAAAACGAUUCACGUUAUAUCAGGUGAUUUUGACAUGAAAGGAUUUGCAGCGGAUAAAUAUUCAAAUCUUGAAACAUUCGAACUUGAAGAUGGCUGCUACAGCGGUCCAAUUUCCAUUAAAAAUUUCGGAAAUUCAGAGAGUAUAAAAAUCAUCAGAAUAUACAGCGAAGUAACUACUGAUUUAGACUUCGUAGUUUUUGCCGACCCAAUAGAAAUUUGUUUCACAAAUUUAAAAGUUGAUAAUUUAUAUUCAACUUAUGAAGCGCCAUCUCUUCAAAAUAUUACGUUAGUUGGUCCAACAAACAUUGGUAUGGAUGUAUUUUCUUAUCGUAAAUUUUUAACUACCGUUUCAAUUCCAACUGCAAAAUGUAUUGACGAAAAUGUUUUCAAAGGUUGCGAAUCACUUAAGAACAUAAAUUUACCGCAUAUUACAAGUGCUGAUGAUAGUGCUUUCGAAGGCUGUAAGGCUCUUGAAACGAUUAAUUUUGAAGAACUAACAACAAUUGGUAAAAAUGUUUUCAAAGGUUGCGAAUCACUUAAGAACGUAAUUUUGCCAAAUCUCACAAUUGCUAAUGAUAAUGCUUUCAAAGGAUGUGAAUCACUGAAGAAUGCAAAUAUGCCACAUCUUACAAUUGCUAAUAAUUCUGCUUUCAAUGGUUGUAAAGCUCUUGAAACGAUUAGUUUAGAAGAACUAACAACAAUUGGUGACUUUGCUUUCACGGAUUGUGAAUCACUUAAAAAAGUAAAUUUGCCAAAUCUCACAAGUUGCGGUCAAUCUGCAUUUAGUGGUUGUGUUUCACUUGAAACAAUCAAAUUAAAUGAAGUAACAUCAAUGGGUGAAACUGCAUUUUACAAUUGCAAAUCUCUUAAAAAUGUAACAAUUCCUCAUCUAAAAAUUGUUAGUAGAGAAGCAUUUUAUCUCUGUAAAGCACUUGAAAUAGUAAACUUUGAAGAAGUAACCGCUAUUAAUGAAGGAGGAUUCUUUCAAAUUGAGUCUCUGAAAAAUGUAAAUAUUCCUCAUCUUCAAACUAUUGAACAUAAAGCAUUUAUUGGUUGUAAAUCACUUGAAACAGUUAAUUUUGAAGAAUUAACAAUUAUUGGCACAGAAGGAUUUUCUUCAUGCAAAGCUCUUAAGAAUGUAAAUAUUCCACACCUCCAAACUAUUAAUGAAAGUGGAUUCGAAUAUUGUGAAUCACUUGAAACGAUUGAAUUCAAUGAAGUUACAUUUUUAGGCAGAAAUGCUUUUGUAAUGUGUAGUUCAUUAAAGAAUGUUCAACUUAAAUCUGUUAAAACACUUUCAAGAGGAUGUUUUGCAUCAUGUACAUCAAUUGUUGAACUAAAUCUAUCAUCUGUAACAGAGAUCAUCGAUGAUUCUGUAUUUUCUUAUUGUACAUCAUUAAAGACUUUGAUAUUAACAAAUUUAGAAAAAGUUAAUUCAAGUUGUGCUGAUAUAUUUGAUUUUAGUGAUAAUUUCAAGGAUAUUUACUUUGGCAAUUGUCCGCCUAAUCAAUUCCAUAAAAACAUAUCAUUUAAAGGUAUGACAGUUCAUAUUCCAUCAGAAGAUUCUUGGGGAAAUUAUGUUUCUCAAUCUCAAGAAAUUUCACCAAAUCACUAUAAAUGGCAUAAUUUCAAAUUCACUUAUCCACUUCCAACACCACAACAAACACCAGAGCCAACGCCACAGCCAACAUAUCAGCCAACAACAACAGCGACAGGAUCACCAACACCAGAUGAUAAGCAAAGAAGGAGGCGAGUUAUAGUUAUUUCAUCUACAGUUUCUGUUGGCAUUCUCAUCAUCAUUGUUAUAUUAGUAGCAUUCGUUCUUAUCUCAAGAAAGAGGAAACAAGUUGAACUUCUUCAAUCUCAACCUCUAUUAACUCAAAGUUAA